AUGGAUUCUUCAUCUUAUUCCGAGUCUACGUCGACGAAUGGUGGAGGGUCUGUUAUUCCAAUUUGCAAGCCUGAGUUGAGGCCUUAUGAAGGUAAAAAAUUUUCUUCCCUUGAGGAAGGAAUUUCCUUUUAUGAAAAGUAUGCUCAGGAGUGUUGUUUUGAUUGUCGAAGAUUUGGAAAUAGGUCUAGUGGUGGUGUUAUUAUUUUUCAGUAUGUUGUUUGCAAUAGACAAGGAUUUCAUACAGUAGAUUCGUUGGAUGUUGAUGUUAGUGUAUCUGAGGAUGGUAAUGUGUCUGAUGAUGAUGAAGUAUCUUCAAAGAAGAGACGUAGACGUGGCACCAAAAGGUAUCGUAUGGUGUUUGGUCCAUUUACCGGGAAAGACAAUCAUGGGUGUCCUAUUGCGUUUGGAGCUGGUUUCGUAUCCGGUGAGAAUUGUGAUGCAUUUUCAUGGCUUUUCACUGUAUUUGUUGAAUGCAUGGGUGUUGCUCCAAGAAUCAUAAUCACUGACCAAGAUUGGGGAAUGAGGCUUGCCAUUGAGAAGGUAUUACCUGGUACAAGGCAUCGUUUGUGUAUGUGGCAUAUUAUGAGCAAGUUAUUUGAGAAGAUACCUAAAUCAAUUUCUGAUAGAGAAAAGUUUAGUAAGGAGUUUAAGUCUUGUGUUUGGUCAGAGUUGUUAGAUCCGGAUGAGUUUGAUAUAUUAUGGACUAGUAUUGUUGAAAAAUAUAGUGUAGAAGAUCAUAAGUGGUUUAAGGAUAUGUUUUUGAUCAGACAUAUGUGGAUCCCAGCCUUCUUUAGAGAUGUUCCUAUGGGUUCUUUAAUGAGAACAACAUCUUUUUCAGAAUCUGAAAACAGUUUUUUUAAGAGGUACUCGAAACCGUUGUUCAAUUUUGCUGACUUCACUCUUCAGUAUAACAAUGCCAUUGAUGCUCAAAGGAAUCAAACUGAAAGGCUUGACUAUUAUGAUUCUGUAAUCACUCCAAAAUAUGUCACUGAUUUAGCAUUUGAGAAGCAAUUGGCAUCUGUUUACACAGAUAGGAUGUUUAGAGUGGUACAAGAUUUGAUUGUUGAGGCUGAUAAGAGUUGUCGGAUGAUUAGCAUGUCCACAUUGGAGAACAUCGAGGUCUUCAAAGUUUCUGAUGCUAGAAAGAAGAUCUUUACAGUUAGACAUGAGAUAGAGACUGAGUCAUAUGAAUGUGAGUGUAAACUAUUUUUAAGGUGUGGUUAUCUAUGCAGCCACCUUUUUUUCAUUCUCAGAAACAAAGAUGUCAACAAUAUUCCAGAGAAAUAUGUUGGUAACCGUUGGCUUAAAAGUGAAUUACUAAAGGCAGUUCAUGGUCUCACGAUUGAUGAAAGUGCGUCUGACAGAGGUUCUAACAAAGAUGACAAACUACAGAUUGCUAAUAGGUGUCAUGGACGUUACUUUGGUCUAUAUCAGCGUGCUUUUAGGAAUAAAGAUCAUUUGAUUGCUUUGGAUAAUUUGCUUGCGGGUAUUGGUCCUCAAAUCUUUAAAGACGACUGUGCUGGAUCGUCUUCUCUUGAUAAAAAUGAUUCAAUCAUGAACAUAUAUGGUAUUGUUGUUCCUGAAGAAAUAACUGCCCAUGCUCCAGAUGUGGUUAGUACAAAAGGAGGUGCAAGUGACAAGAAAAGCAGGAUUAAGUCAAGCAUAGAGAAAGCAAUUGAAAAAGCAAAUAAACCUCAUAGGCGUUGUGGAAAGUGUCACAAAGUUACUGAUCAUAAUGCUAGAAGUUGUGGCAGAAAUCAGACAUGA